UAUUUUAUAAUUUGUGUACAUAACCUCAUUUUGACAGUAUGGGUUUUCCUUAUUAUUAAUUGUUUUUUUUCAGUUGGUCAAAGUAAACGUUUCGAAAAAUUGGUUUAUUUUUAUUCUAGAGCAGUGAAUAUAAACAUGCACUAUUCACAAUCAGAUGAACUAAUCAUUGUUGGAUUAUAAAUAAUAAAAAUAUAUGGACAUAACCUCAAGCUCAUAACAUUGUAGGAUUAAUUCACAUUAAAUUUAAAUUUUCAGUUGUCAUGAUAGAAGGAUAGAAGGAUAGCAGGAUGACCAAUGAGAGUGCUGAUGUAUCAGUCGCCAGUUCUGCGCCAUUUUCAGGGGACGCCCGGCACGAGCAGCUGAUGCUGCGCGCGCUGGAGCUGGCGCGCGAGGCGCUCCGGCACGGAGAGGUCCCGGUGGGCUGCCUGUUCGUGCGGCACGGGCGGGUCAUCGCGGAGGGACGUAACUCCGCCAACGAGACGCGCAACGCCACGCGGCACGCCGAGAUGAACUGCGUGGACAGCGUGGUGCAGCGCUGCGCGGCGACGGGCGAGGACCCGCGCGCCGUGCUGGCGCAGACGGAGGUGGUGGUGAGCGUGGAGCCGUGCGUGAUGUGCGCCGCCGCGCUGCUGGACCUGGGCGUGCUCGGGGUCGUCUACGGCUGCCCCAACGACCGCUUCGGGGGCUGCGGCUCCGUGCUGGACGCGGCGUCCCUGUGCGCGCGGCCCUUCCGCGUCGUGGCGGGCGUGCGCGAGGCGGCCGCCCUGCAGCUGCUUAGGGACUUCUACAAGGGCACCAACCCCCGCGCUCCGGUGCCCAAGGCCAAGGCCAAGACCGCCCCGUGUGUGGACCCAGUCAUUCGUGACAUUAGCUUACUGCAGAGUGAAGAUUCUACGUGAGAAUGAUCAACAAACUGGCAAGCCAACCAUCACCAGGAUUAGAGGAGACAUCAGACUACAAACGUGAAAACCAACGAUCAGCUACAAUUUUAACACCUUAGCCAACAUCUUCCAAUAUAAAAAAAAUGCAUGCAAGAAGCAAUUUAAAUAUUAAAACAUCCAUCAAAAAUAAACAGGAAUGAUAGCUACAAAAUAGGAAACUUCAAAAGCAAGCUCUGUAUCCAACUGUAUCCUCUGACUGGCCAGAUAGCUAUCUUUCAUAAUAUCUUACUAAUGUAGAUAAUGGAUAGCUUUUAAUAUGCCACUUCAAUAAGUUACCAUCCAGGUUUUUAUUUAAAAUUUUAAAUGAGUUUUUAUUUGUAGGCCAAUUUCAUUUUUGAGAAAGUAUAUGUACACAAACGUGUACGUGAUGAAACUAAGAUUUUCCAUUUUUAAUUACUCAGAACGUUAUUCCAGGACUUAAUAUUAGGGCGCCAGAGGUCAUCAAGAAUUAACAACAAAAAUAACACAAAAACUUAUUUUAUUGUUUUAAUCAUAAUGAGAAACCUCGAGUCAUGGAAAUAAUAACCAAACAAACAAAUAUUAAAUAAAGUCUAUGGGAUGUCGUAGAUAACCUGACUCUUGAAUAAAAUACAAAAUAAAUAAAGUUCCUGAAAUUGUUCACUGAGUAAAAGUUUUGGGGUUUUGCUCCGGCUUGCUCGAGCAUGAAACGCCUAACCAAAAGACUUCUGGACUUGUGUACAUAUAGUUUGUGCCAAUGUGAGUAAAUUUGCUGUUAAUCGCCGAAAGUCAAUGUUCUAGUAAUUUUAUGAUAAUCCAAAGUUUAUAUAAUUAUAGUUCGCGUAUGUUGACGGUAAAAUUUACGCCAAUUUUAAUAUAUAGCGAUGAUGCAGACCAUACCUUAACUAUAGAUGCUUAAUGUCGUUCGUAAAAUACUUCGUCACUCACGUGAAUUGAAUGCGAUUAUUCUGCAUUCAAUUACAGGGCGUCAAUUAAUAUUGCCCAGUAUUUUGACGUAAUUUCCAGAUCAAUAACGCCGAAAUUAGCAUUGCCACGAACGAAAUAUUCCCAGAGGGAAUACACUACCACACGCACUAAAUGGCGUCAUUUUCCACUCUUUCUCUUCUCUCUUGCCGAAAUUAAAUUGUUAAUUGAAAAGGGCCAAUCACGGCCGCGACACGUUAGCGUCCUUUUUAAUGAAGCCAAUGAAAUGUCAAUAUCAAUCAAGCAUAGGCUCGUUAAAGCUGUUCCGAACGCCGCGCGAUUAUUUAUUUUAGCAGUUGUCAUGACGACACAGCACGAGAUGCGCGCGCCGCCAUGCGUGGAACAAAACAAAACACUGCCGAAAGUAUCGGGAAGCGGUAUUAACCUCGAACGUAAAACAAUAAUAAACAGUUUCAGUUAGUCUGAUAAUACCGUAGUAUUACAGUGCCGCUCCCGAUAUAAAUUUAUAUUUCACUGUCCAAAAAGUUAAAUUCAAUUUAGAUCGUUAAAACUAAUAACUGGAACUGGUUACUUCACAAGUUGGCAACAUUGCGAUGAAAGUUGAAAAACGUUAUUCUCUUGCCAAACGACACUACUCUUCGUAGGCUGGACAGUCGCACUGUUGUUUGUAAACAUGAUCUGUCUACAUGUUGUGGAAUAUCAGUUACCUGAUUAGGCGAAGCAAGGAUGUAGAAGAAGGCUCACCAAUCUCCAUACAUGGUAAGUGACAGCUGAGCAGAGAGGUCUACUGCGGUGUAAACCACAGUGCUGGGAUGGCGGUUCAGCCAACAAUACACUGUUGUAGGCGAUCGACGUCGUGAAGACUGCUGGACCAGUGUGCUGUUCAUCGAUGAUCGCAUCACCUGAUGUCACCAAUGACAUCACGAUGGAUGCUGUGGUGUCGUGCUGAUGCGGACCCACCGGGUCUGCGGCGUGUUCGCUGGGGUCGUACCAACUGGUACGAGCUGCUGAGUCAAAUGUCCAACACAUGACUCUACAUGUGCCUUGGACUACUGCUGCUGCUGCUGCUGCUGCUGCAUCUACUGCUGCAGACGGUGUCGAAGGGGACCGCAACAAAACUCGUUCAGUUCGUCGGCAAUCAGAAGACACACACACGUUAAUCACACGUCCUAUAACAGUUCUUAUCACUUGCGCAAUAUGAAUAUACAGCGUCCUGUGAUCGUGCCUCAUGCUAUCACUAACCCCUCUUCUUCUCUUGCUCCCCUACUCUAACAUAAAUUAAAUGACUCGAGAUUCCUCAAACUCAUAAAAUUAAUAAUUCAUAACAACUUAAUAAUAAAUAUAAACAUUAAUUGAACACAUAAUAACUCUGUUAAAUAAUAAGGUAAUGCAUACAUAAACAGUAUUUGCAACAAUAACAUUGCAUAGUACUUUGCAAUAACAACAACAGGUUAUUGUUUACCUUUGUAGUAGGUGAUGAAUAAAUAAAAUACAUUUUAUGGAUGUUAUCAACAUAAUAUCCUCACCUAGUAAAUAAUUACAUUCAAUUUCUUAAUUGAGAUUUGUCAAUAAUAUUGGGCUUUCAAUAACAUAUUAGCAUAUUUAAUAUGCUUCUCCCAUAUCAUAUGUGAAUAUUUUCCUUCAUCACAUGUUAUACAAUAGCUACACUUAUUUACAAGAAGAGACAUUAUUUGCUUCUCAGCUAUGAAAUAAUGACAAUAACCUCAAGAUAAAUAUUAUUGAUUGAGUGCUAGUGUAUAGUGUUUAUGUUUUUAAAGCUGUUCAUUAAAGACAAUCUUUAAAAUUCUUUAUCUUUCAUUUCUUCUUUUUCUCAAUAUAAAGUGGAAUGUUUUUACAUCCUAUUAAUAAGAGUGUGGAUGAAGUUGAUAUCCACUUAUAGUUUCGGGUGUCCUGUGGGAACCCAAUUAAAGUGCAUUAUUAACUACUAGACGAUGAAGAAGCAUAGGUAGGGGCAAGGCAGUAGCCUGGAUCAAACUGUAAGUACUCAUGCCAACAAGUGUGUUCAUUUAGUAGGAAAUUAGUCAACUAAUCUUUUAGGCCAUUAAUUAUAUGUAGUAUUUAGUUGUGUGUUGCCUUAGUUAUACAUUGUAAUAUGUCACAUAGUGUUUGUACACAUCUUAUGCCAAAUUUUAUUUAAAACUUCACGUGUAUAUCCAUUGCUAAUAUGGUCGAACUCGACUAAUAGGGUGAUAAUAACUGUGUCUCAACACAGUAACUGUACACACAGUACAUAAUGUUUGGUAUGUCUCUCUAGGACAAUGUACCAAACCAACGCUCAGGCAACACAUAUGCUCCAAGCACAAAUAUCAGUUGGAAUAAAAUCAUCAACUGACAAACACCCUAAUUCUUCGAAUAUAAAUUACCAUAUCGAAGCAAUGAGGUACCUAUACACCUGGAUUACCUCUAUCAACUCAUGAGGAUAUAUAUAAUUAAAUUUCCUUAGCAACAUAAACAAUACAAUGGUUUUUAGCAUAACACAAGUAAUAAUGGUACAUAUUUGGUGUUCUAAUCCACCACAGGUGUUUUGUAAGGCCUAAGCUGACUCAAAUUGUAAUUUCCUACAAUUUUUCCUGUAUCAGGGUCCUGUAGAGUGUAGCAGUUACAUUUCUCCACAGCUACUACUUUGUAGGGACCUGAGUACAAUAAAAAUAGCUUCUUCGCUAGAUGUGCCCACUUGUUACUAGUUGGUGCUGUACGGCGUAGAACUAAGUCUCCUACAGUGAAUUUACUGAUCCUGGAUGCUGGCUUCCUUUUCUUCCUAAGGUCGGCUUCUCUUGUUAAUUUGUCUCGUACCAGUUCUUCAAUUUCUUCCUGAGUUGUUAGCCUCUCCAUGUCAUGUUCAGGUGUGUCUCUUCCGGGUAUAAGGUUGGUGGUAAUACCUACAACCUUACUGAGCAUAAUUAUUUUGAUGCUCCUCAAUUACAGCUUGAGAGUAGCUGCAAUUCGCAGUCUGCUGAGGCUGCGUGACUGUGCAGUUGGGCGGGAUCGGCUGCUGCCGAGCAAAAUAUCCUCGCUGCAUGGGGUACGAUGUGGUUGGAGGAUGGUUGAGUGUAGAGAAACUCGCUGGUGAUUGAUUCACAGGAGCGGUGUCUGCUACAGGGGGAUGCAACAUAUGCUGUUGCAUAUUGUUGGGCGGCUGACGGUUAGAGUAACUCCUGUACUCCCACCUGGGUGGCCUUCCAUUUGGAUCUUCAGGACGGUAAUGCUUUCCCCACCACUGGUUUUGGUUGUGGGUGUAGGGUUUCUUCGGCUGGCGGUUUCCUUGAUGUUGAGGUUGGAAUUCCCUCCUGGUCUUCCACUUCCCUGUCCGGUACUGUUUCGCAGGCUGCCAUGACGUGCAGUGGACGUUGGCCUUGCCGCCGUCGUUACCACGCUGCCAGGGUGUGUAGAGUGGUGCUGCCUUCUGAUGUGUAGGCUUGAGGUCUUUCUCCACCUCACUAUUGUUGUUCCUGGACAGCCGCUCCAGCCGGUCGAAAGCGAGGACCUGUUCGCGGAACUCUGUGAUAUUGUGGAAGCUACGCCCUGUCAAAUGUACUUGGUACUUGAUGGGUAGCUGGGAGGUCACCAUCGCCAUGAACUCAAUAUCACCCAUCUCUGGUUCGAGGUAUCGCGUCCUCUCGAACAUUUGAGACAAGUGGGUCUCCAGAGUUCGGUUCUUCUUGUUAUCAUACCGCUCGGUAUGCAGACGUGCUCUCAAUGUUCCCUGUAUUUUCACAUUCCAAAACUGCUGUUUGAAAUGGCUUUUGAAUUCUUGGUAAGAAGUGAUGGUACUUUGUAAUAUCUCCCACCAGUAAUACGCAUGGUCCCUCAGUGCAGUUGCCAUGCAUUUCAGGCGUUCAGUAUCACUUAGCCUGAACAUGUCAGCGUAUUCCUCGAAACGUCGAAGGAAUCUCAUUGGAUUCUCUCCUUCAUGGGCAGAGAACCUAGGCAUCGCCUCUGACCAUUGGCGUGCCGGGUGGUGCAUCACUGCAACGGGAUCCAAGGUGGUGUGUGUGUUAGCGGGGUUGGAGCGUGUGAUUGGGAGCUCAGGUUGCUCAACUUGCGGUGAAUCGCAGCUACUGAGGAUUUCAUUGGCAUUGAUGUUCAGGGCUGGGGCCAAUGCUACAUGGUGACUGGAGGAGCGAGUAAGAUUGUCUACCCUCAACUGCAAUACCUUCUCUUGUAGCUUGCCUACCUGCUGCUCUAUGUCCAUUGAAAACUCUGUCUGCCUUUUCACUAAUGUGUCCACCUGCUCCCUCAUGUCUGUGGUAUGAUUGAUUACUACAUUUUCAAUCAUGGUCUGGCAUGUAGAUUGUAUAUUUUCCAGACUACAGCUGUUCUGAGCAGCUUGCUCAGCUAAUUGAUUUAACCUGUCAUUCAGCUGGCUAGUCUGGGUAGUUAACUCUGCUGCUAACCUAGUUGUUGUACUACUACAUUGUUGUUGUAUUAGCUGCAACUGUGUUUCAGUGUAGUUUUCGUGUUCUGCCAACCGCACAGAAAUAGCAGACACACUACUCUUGACUUCACUCAUUUCCCUUUGAAGAGUGUUAUUAAUAGACUCCUUAGUGUCCCUGAGACUCUCCUCCAACCUAGCACUAGUGCCCUGGAGACUCUCCUCCAACUUAGCAUUCUGUUCCUGAAAACUAGCUUGUUGUUGUUGGUGGUUAGAUUUUACUUCCUGCCACAUGCUCUGCAGCAUGAUGAGCAAGCUAGCACUUGUUUCAUUACUUAUUGCAGCUGGCAAUACAGGAAAAUGUGUGUGUGUUGUGGUGGUAGCUUGGGGUUGUGUCACAUCUACUCUAGCCGCUCCAGCAUGUGUUACUGGGGUAACAAGAUCUGUGUUAUGUACUUGGCUAGGUGAUGUGGGAACAGACACAUCUACAGAGUGUGUAGAUUCCACACUGCUGUCCCUGGAGCUGUCCUGACUGACACGUCUACUCCUUCCCCUAGUUUCCAUAUUUACUGCUUUAAUUUACCACACAAAACACAAUACAAAUAUGCACACUAUUGGCCCCACAGUUCGUGCGCCAGAAAAAAAAAUGUUGUGUCUCUUAUUCCCUUCUGUACACAAACGUGUACGUGAUGAAACUAAGAUUUUCCAUUUUUAAUUACUCAGAACGUUAUUCCAGGACUUAAUAUUAGGGCGCCAGAGGUCAUCAAGAAUUAACAACAAAAAUAACACAAAAACUUAUUUUAUUGUUUUAAUCAUAAUGAGAAACCUCGAGUCAUGGAAAUAAUAACCAAACAAACAAAUAUUAAAUAAAGUCUAUGGGAUGUCGUAGAUAACCUGACUCUUGAAUAAAAUACAAAAUAAAUAAAGUUCCUGAAAUUGUUCACUGAGUAAAAGUUUUGGGGUUUUGCUCCGGCUUGCUCGAGCAUGAAACGCCUAACCAAAAGACUUCUGGACUUGUGUACAUAUAGUUUGUGCCAAUGUGAGUAAAUUUGCUGUUAAUCGCCGAAAGUCAAUGUUCUAGUAAUUUUAUGAUAAUCCAAAGUUUAUAUAAUUAUAGUUCGCGUAUGUUGACGGUAAAAUUUACGCCAAUUUUAAUAUAUAGCGAUGAUGCAGACCAUACCUUAACUAUAGAUGCUUAAUGUCGUUCGUAAAAUACUUCGUCACUCACGUGAAUUGAAUGCGAUUAUUCUGCAUUCAAUUACAGGGCGUCAAUUAAUAUUGCCCAGUAUUUUGACGUAAUUUCCAGAUCAAUAACGCCGAAAUUAGCAUCGCCACGAACGAAAUAUUCCCAGAGGGAAUACACUACCACACGCACUAAAUGGCGUCAUUUUCCACUCUUUCUCUUCUCUCUUGCCGAAAUUAAAUUGUUAAUUGAAAAGGGCCAAUCACGGCCGCGACACGUUAGCGUCCUUUUUAAUGAAGCCAAUGAAAUGUCAAUAUCAAUCAAGCAUAGGCUCGUUAAAGCUGUUCCGAACGCCGCGCGAUUAUUUAUUUUAGCAGUUGUCAUGACGACACAGCACGAGAUGCGCGCGCCGCCAUGCGUGGAACAAAACAAAACACUGCCGAAAGUAUCGGGAAGCGGUAUUAACCUCGAACGUAAAACAAUAAUAAACAGUUUCAGUUAGUCUGAUAAUACCGUAGUAUUACAUAUAAU